AUGGCGACUGCUCGGCUGUCGCCAACGGCGAAUCUCCUGCGGAAGUCGCGUCUUUUCGCGCUGCCUCAAGCUUUACAGCCUCCUCAGGACCCUCCAUCGUCCAGGGCAGUGUUCGAGUCGGAAACCGCAACGCUCCCUCAUCCGAUCCGGGCCUCGAUCGUGACGCCCCAGAAGACGCUCGCUCGAGGCGAUUGGGGGCUGAAACGACCUCUCCCUGCAAAGUCAACAUCGGAAAAAUCAUCGAGACCCGUUGUCCGUCUUCUGGCUCUCGAUACCUACGAACAUGUCACGGACUUUGAAUCUGCCGCCGAUCACACCAUGACCCUUGAAAAGUUUCAGGAGCUACACAUGCCGAUGUCCUUGCCCGCUAAGGUCAAUUACGCGACAAGCAUUGUUCCCCGUCAUCAGAGUCCUUUUGAGACACAUGUCGAUAACACUGAGACCAGCAGUGGUCUUGCGGAACCAGGGGCGAAGCAGUACCGUCAUUCUGGCCCUUGGCUGGGAGGCAUGACCCAGGCGGAGUUUGCCGCUUAUCUGGGCCAGAUCACCAGGAAGAAGCCAGAGUUGUUACAAAAGCUUCGUGAGCGACUGGUGGCAAAGCGAACUGCGGAGGCCCGCAAGCAGGCGCAGGACAACGGCGAAGAUUUGGAAAAUCUGCGACCACCUCAAGUGACCGACGAAGAGUUCCAGACAUAUAUCAAGACCCUGAGGACAGAUCCAUUCUCCCUGGGCCCGGUCGUUUUCGACUUGCUGGACCUACCAUCCUCCCCGGCUGUUCCGAGUGAACGCAUCGGACGCAAGUACUACCAGUCUCCGGCCACCAAGCUUUCUGCAGCCGAGUAUGCUGUGACUGGACCGCCCAAGACGCAUCCAUCCGCGGGUCUUUCCUACACAAGAUCUCAUGCAUUGACCUAUAAUCACCCUCAAUACGGGCCCCAGGCGUACCAACGUCCAGUUGAGGCCCGUAUCCUGAGACCGAAGGGCAGAUUCCGCGGCCGCAUGUCUCGCGCCAUUGCGGGUAUUGGUGGUAUUGCCGUUGAAGAUCUGAAUGCGAUGACAUUCAUGGACCAAGGAUCUCCACCUGGCCUGACCUUCUUCGACGCGACCAUUCCCGGCGGUGCCAAGUACUGGGUCACACCGAUUCGCGCCGCUGUCGACUCAGAGGGUCGAAUCGGGCUCUCUUCCUACCGUGCCGGUGCUUCCUCCAAGGCUCCCUAUGGGAUUGAGGAUUACAAGAAGCCCGGUCCUGCCAGCAUCACUGAUGUUGCCCACCGCCAUGCGAAUAUGGUGCCCCGUCUUGACCGGCCUCGGUACCAACAACGGCCACAGGCCGGCCGACAGCCCAUGAAGGGAACAGAGGACAUCGCCCGCCUUCUCAUGAACGAUCUCAGGGCGGGUGCUCAAAAGAGGGAUGAGAGCGUGUGA